CGUUCAUUUGCUGUCGAACAGCGGCCGUGGCAAGUACAGCAAAAUAAUAGCAGGCGGAGCGUUUUGAAUCCACACAGCGCUCGCGCCGCCCUCGAACACGUUGCCUUACGCCGCCCCCCUCGCUCUGCACCGCAAUCGCUCGACGCCUCGCGCCUUCACACACGUCGCGUAAUCGUAAUCGUAACCGUAACGUAAGCGCAUUACAAAACAACGUCAACGUAACAAGCGCGCCUACUGUUUUUUGCGCGCGCCUCUCUCUGUGUUAGUGAGUGUGUGUGUGUAUGAAUGUGUUUAUGCGUAAAAGCAGCAUACAAAUUUUUCAAUUAGUUUCGGCAUAAAGUUGGCAAACUGGAGAUAUAGAAACGUCAUUAUUCUGCCCCCCGCCGCCGCCCCUCGCGCGCGCCAAAUGUGUAAAACCCGUCUGUGGGUUACGUAAAGCCGAGAGUCGUUCAGUUCUUACAAAACACAGAGCAAAAAAGAAAACCAACCAACAAAAAAAAAUAACGAAGGCAAAAGCAAAAGUUUCGCGCACGCCCCAAAAAAAUAUAAAAUAUAAAAAGCGGGCACAUCACAAUAAAAAAAAAAAAAUAAUUAUAAAUCGAGCAAAAGAAUUUUGCAGUGUCUCGCGUGUGGCAAUAAAUUUUGACACAAAAGAAUUUAUUGUGUGUGUGUUUUUUGCUACGCUCCGCUUCUUAGACAGGAGGCGCGGUCGUGUUGUACAACUACACAACAAGAAGAAGAAGCAUCAGCAGCAACAGCAGCUGAGAGUGCGACAGCUGCUCAACCCACAACAACAACAACAACAAAGAGAGUAACAACUAACUACUCCAAGAAAUAAGAAAUUAUAAAAAAAGUAAAAUACAUGUGUUUAUAAAUAAAGUGCUUAAAAGGUCCCGAGUGCAGUGUUUAAUUGAGCGGACCAGAGCAGAGCAGAGCUUAAGCUUAAUGUGAAGUGCAUGCAAAUACACGAAAAGAAAUCAAAUACAAAGCAAAUACAAAAAUACAGAUAUAAAUUCAAAUUCAAAUACAAAGUUAUAAAUAUAAAUAUUAUAGCAUAAACAAAUCAAAGCAGCGAGAGAGACUCCGAGGCAAAUUACUGGCGACGCUUCGUCGUCGUCGUGUCGCAUACGUGACCACGGCCAGCUACACAGCAACAGCAGCAACAACGACGUUAGAAGAACAAGAGCAACAGCUGUCGCCAUGCCGCUCUCUCAGGGCUGUUACAUGAAGCCCUCGGUGGCCACCAAGCGUGCUCUCAAAGCGUUGCGCAAGGAGAACCAACAACAAAUGCAACUGCAACUGCAACAACAACAGCAACAACAACAUCAGCAGCAGCAACAACAACAACAGCAACUGCAUCAAGGCAACGCUGCAACACGCAGCUCAACACACACGUUGCAUGCGCUGCUGCAAAGUCUCAGCAACAAUCAGCUAGAGCUGUCGUUGUUGCUGGGCGAAUCGUUUGUCCGCUACGGAAAUUUACCGCAAGCCUUCGAUGCGUACGAAAUGAUUGCGAGUCGCCAGCCAGAUGGACAUGUCCCGCUCGACAAGUUGGCAGCCCUUGCCAGCGCAUUGACAGCCCUCGUGCGGCAGUUCGGCAUUGGCAGGCCCACAACGCCCACAACGACCAUGCCCACCACCACCUCGACGCGCUACCAACAACACUCUGCGAAGCAACAACAUAUGGACGAUUGGCCGAUGGGUUUGGAUUUGUCCGCCGAUGUGGCAUCCGAUCUCCUCGAGUUGCAUGCCCCAACGCGAGAACUAUGCGUCCCCAGUCCAACGGACAGCGAUGAUUACGAUCCGUUGCUGUGUCCGUUGUGUAGGGAUAUGUUGCGUGGUCCUGUCACCACGAAUUGUGGUCACACUUUUUGCGGCCAGUGUUGUGAAACGAUCACGCAGUGCAACAUCUGCUUGGUGAAGUUUCCCCGCAGCGCCGAACGCAUGCCUCAAGCAGCUGUGGCACUGACCAGCACCAGCAGCUCCAGUCCGGCCACAACGCCAACGUCCAGCAUCGGAGUCAACAGCAACAACUACAAUAACAACAACUACAACACCAUUGCGUCAGCUUUGAGUCCGCAAAGCACUUUUCCCUUUGAACUCGGACCGAGGUUUGCAUUGAAUGCGGCACCCACCACGGUGACCACCACAACGGUGGCAUCCACCACAGCCACGGCAACCACAACGAUGGCCUCGACUAGUUCGGCAUCCGCUUUAGCGGGCGGCUAUGCGCUGGGCGUGUCUACGGCCAUGAAAUUCAUGCCCGAUGUGCUUGUCAGACGCUUGGUAGAGAAGUGGUGGGGACCGGAGUUGCUGGCCAAGAAGAUCAUCGAACGCGCCGCCAGUUGCAUGCAUCUCAACAGGCUUGAUGAUGCGCUCAAGUUCUGCAACGCCAGCCUGGAGAAAGCGCCGAGCAACUUUAAGAGUCUCUGUCUACGCGCCGAAGUUCUGCUCAAACUCAGUCAUUUCCAAAGCUCGCUGGCGGACAUUGAGAAUGCGCUGAAGACGCGCUGCACAUCGCCCAAGGCACACUAUCUGAAAGCUUUGGCGCUCAGCGGUCUAGGGAGAUUGGAGGAGGCGUUGUUCAACGGCUUCCUCGCCAUUUGCCUGGACAAGAACACAAAUCUCAGCAACUCGGAAAUAUUUCAACAUGAUCUCGCCAAGAUUCUGCAACGUCUUUUGGCACAAACGCCCAAAAGUCGUGGGGCGAUCGAAUCGCUGGCGCCAUCUAUGGGCCAGCAGCAUCGCAGCUAUGCGGCUGCCAAGGCGCCUUACGUGCUGCUCUGGGAGCAGACGCGUCGUCGUAGGAAACAGCCGCAUCAUCAUCUGCAUCGCAGUCUCCAUCAUCAUCAUCGUCAUCAUCAUAUGCAUUUCGAUGAUGUAGAGGAUGAAUUUGGUUUGGGCUGUGAUCAGCACUAUGACAACUACAUCAUGGCCGAUGAGGAGGACGAAGAGGAGGUGGAUGAGGACUCCUCUCAUCUCGAUAUGGAUGGGGAUUUCCUCUUUCCCAGUGCUCUCGACUACAUCGAUCAGCACAAUGUCUACGAGCAGCUGCACAGCGCCAAACAAUUCGAGUUGCAGGCGAGGCGCCACACCAACCGCAAACCUUGCCGCAGAAAAUGGCCCACGUUGCAGGCAUCGCAGUCGAGCCUCGACUCUGCCGCCUUCGAGAGUCGCCGUUGCAGUCGCCUGCUCAGCGGAGUUCUGGAGCGCACACAGCACGAGCUGCAGCGCCUGAGAAAGCUCGAUGAAUCGGGUCAGCAUCAGGUGACAGCUGUGUCGGGUCAACUGAUCGAUGCCAGCGACUUUGACUGCGUGCUGUGCUGCAGGACGCUGUGGAAGCCGGUGGUGACGCCCUGUGGACACACCUACUGUCUGGUAUGCUUGGAUCGUUGCAUGGAUUACAACUCCUCGUGUCCAUUGUGCAUGUCGCCACUUGUGGAACUCAAUGUCAACACCAACCAGAACAACAACAACAACACGAAUACCAUCAAUAACAACAACAUGAGCAACAACAACCAGAACAACAACAACCAGAACACGCAUAGCAAUAGCAAUCUGUAUCAGGGCUCAUCAUCAGCAUCCUCGCCAGUAUCCUUUGCGCUGGCCAAGCGGCCAGUGACGAUCACGAAAUUCAUAGAAGCCGCAAUGAAACGAUUCAUUCCAGACCACUACGAGGCGCGCUUCCGUCAGGAGAUCGAUCUGGAGCCAUCGGUGCCCGUGUUCAUUUGCACCGCAGCCUUCCCCUCGGUGCCCUGUCCCCUCAUCGUCUGUGAUCCUCGCUAUCGCUUGAUGGUCCGUCGUGCCCUCGAAUCGGGCGACAAAACCUUCGGCAUCGUUCAGCCGAAUGGCGGCAAAUCGCGUUACUACGACAUCGGCACAAUUCUGGACAUCAGGGAUUGUGUUCUACUCGGCGAUGGUUGCUCCAUCCUCAGCACAAUUGGUUGCAAGCGCUUUAAGAUCUUAGCUCGCAGUGAAAAAGAUGGAUAUGAGACUGCCAAAGUGGAGUAUAUCUGCGAUGAGCCCAUCGAGCACGAUCAAGUCAAGUCGCUGGCCACAAUGCAAGCUCUGGUUUUAGCCAAAGCAACGGGUUGGUUCGACAGUCUCAGCUCGGCGCAGAAGCAUGAGAUACUCCAGAGCUAUGGCAAGAUGCCGCCGCUCGAGCACAGCUGGGAGUUGACCACAGAUGGACCGGCUUGGGCCUGGUGGAUCAUCGCUUUGCUGCCGCUCUCACAGCAGCUGAAGGUUGACAUUCUGGCCACCACUUCGCUGAGGAAGCGUCUGCGUGCGAUCGAGAAGAUGCUCGACUGGCUGCGCCAGCCACAGCAUGUGCACCAACAGCAUCAUCAGCAGUUGCAGUCACCGCAGACGCAGUCACAGCAGACGCACGAUCUCAGCCUGGACUGUGAGGAGCAAGAAGCAGUUGACGAGGAUCAAGCGGCCAAUGAUGAAUGUUGUCUCUAUGCCGAGCCGCAUACCGAUGAGGAGUUGCUAGUCUAGUUUACUUCCUUCGCCGAAAACUCUUAGUUGAAUGUCAAACAUUUCUCUCAGAUCAAGCAAAGUAAAGCAAAAAGUAAAGAAGUAAAGAAGUAAUGUAAAAAUUCUGUGUCUAAGCCAUUUGUAUUACACGUUACACGUUAUCCUAGGGGCCAAAACGAAAGAUAUAUAAACAAACAAAAACAAAAAAGAAACUUAGCAGAACCAAAUUAUCAGUAGUUGAAAACUGUAAACUGUAAACUUAGAACUGUAACUGUAACUCUAAAACUGUAAACUGUAAACUAUAAACUGUAAACUAAAUGUGUGUAAAGUUGAAAAGUUGAUCGAUGUGUAGAGAGUUUUACAACAAAUAGAAGAUCUAUAUAUAUAGAUAUAGAUAUUUGUAUAUGUACUGCAUAAUUCACAUACAAUCAAAAAACUGUCCCUAAAUAGAAGAGAAGACCCCAAAGAAAGUUCUUGUUUAACAUCAAAACUACAAUCCACAUUCCACAAAACAUCAAAGAAAGAAAGAAAAGAAAAG